AUGCAGUCGCUGACGACUUGCGGCCACUCGCCGGCCUCGGCGCGCUUCUUUGUGUUCUGCGCACAAGUUCUGCAGCCUAUACAGAGAAGACAUGAGAGCUCGUAUCGUCGGACACGCUCAAAACUUAACAUCAAACCCGAUCCAGCAUUUCUGCCAUCGAAAACCGAGCAGCACGAUCACAUUGUCUACAACCCACCUCCAAGCAUGCCUAACGUGUACCAUACACCCACGAUAUUCCUGCCGCGACACGACAAACGAAAGACUAUACAGGCCACACUAGCAUCACUUGGUAUAGGGCCACCACAGACAGAGGCACAGAAGCUACUGCCGGUUUUCAAAGAGACCGGACCGAUAGUGCAAUUGACUCAGGCGGACGUUGAUGAGAUACGGAGGCUGCGCAUGGAGGAUCCUUACAAAUGGAGUCAGACGCAAUUGACCAAGAAGUUCAACACCUCGAAUGCGUUUGUUGGGUAUAUCAUCAGAGGCAUGUCACCAGAGAAGGCAGAGCAGCAAAAGCUUGUCGAGGAGACGAUACGAUCCAAUUGGGGGAAAAGGAGACGCACUGCUCGUGAGGACAGGCAGAUCAGGAAGGAUAGAUGGUUUAGAGAUGAGUAG